AUGGAAGACGAUGCUCCGGUUAUUUAUGGUUUGGAAUUUCAGGCCAGGUCACUGUGUGCCCAGGAAGCUGAAGGAGACAGCAUUCACUUUUUAGUUGGGACUCAGUCACUGCGGGCUGAAAAUCAGGUACAUUUUAUCGACUUUGAUGAUGAAAACAACAUUAUCAACAAAACCAUUUUUCUUCACCAAGAGGGAGAGAUUUGGAAUAUCAGCUCUUCAGUAUCGGAUGUUUCACUGUUUUCCACCUGCUUCAGCAAAACCACAGAGACUGAAUCUGAACUGAAGGCAGCAGUCUGGCAGAUACCAGACAAUAGAGAUCCCCCCAGCCCUGUAGGAGAUGAUGGCUCCAGUUCACAUCCACAUCUGAUCCUCAAGUGUUACCUGGAGCCUGAGGUGCGCAGUGAUGUUAAAAGUGUUUUAUGGCAACCAUCUGGUGACAACCACACAGUGAUAGGUUUGUGUGAGGAUAAAAUUGUCUUUUGGGAUCUUAACACAGCCUCCUCAGCCCCAAAGGUGGUCAGUAGUAUAAAUGUGGAAGGAAAGGGCCAGCAUAAAAUGACCAGUGGCAGAUGGAACCCUCACCACAACUGUAAUCAAAUAGCCACAGCCAAUGAUACCUCAGUCCGGGGCUGGGAUCUCCGAACAAUGAGUCAAGUGUAUACGAUCGAGUCAGCCCAUGGCCAGCUGGUCCGUGACCUAGACUUCAACCCUAACAAGCAGUAUUACCUGGUCACAUGUGGAGAUGACUGCCGAGUCAAGUUUUGGGACACUCGAAAGGUGACGGAGCCCCUCAAAGUGCUAUCUGAACAUUCUCAUUGGGUGUGGUCAGUGAGAUACAACACCUUUCAUGACCAGCUAGUGUUGACCUCAAGCAGCGACAGCCGAGUGAUCCUCAACAGUGUGGUCUCCUUGUCCUCUGAGCCGUACGGCCACUUGGUGGAGAAGGAUGAUGGUGAUGACGACAGUCUUCAUGAGAGCAGUCAAGAGUCCCCUAAGAUGGUGUCCUGGUCACUUACGAGGAGCAUGAAGACAGUGUCUAUGCUGUCAGCUGGUCAAGUGCUGACCCUUGGACAUUUGCUUCCCUCAGCUAUGAUGGACGACUGGUGA